ACGGCAAAUCCUAUCAAGCGCUUUUCCAAGGGGAUAUUGAUAUAAUAUGGCAAUCAGCGACGCAUUAAAUAAACGGCUUCGCGCUCGUCGAGACGAAGAAGAUGAUUUCGAAGACGAAGUCUCCGACGAGAUGGAGGACAUUGACAAGGACGACGAGAGCAAUUCCGAUGUAGAUCGUCCCAAUUCAGAGUCCGAAGAAUCAGCAGAAUUAGAAGAAGGGUCAGAAGAAGAAGACGAUGACGAUGACGAUAUAAGCGAUAACCAAUCCACAGCCUCGACCAACGAUAAGAAAGCCCUACAAUCCGAAUUCCGUCAAAUCUCAUUCGGAGCAUUAGCCAAAGCACAAAACUCGAUUAGCAAGAAACGAAAACGAGGGGAGGAGCCAGAAACAGACGAUAAGACGCAAUCCACAUUGAAUGAUAUAAGAGAACGACUCCGAAAAGCACGCGAGCAAAAACUCGGUCUGACCAGGGACAACGAGACUAAAAAUAAUAAUAGUGGAGGACACUCAAAACCAAAACCACCAACGCGAUCCUCCAAACACGCGCCAACAGUCCAAUCCUCCAAAAUGGCUGUAAGCCGAAAACGCAUUGUUAUCGAACCACCCUCCAACGCCACAAAACCUCGAGAUCCACGCUUCGAUCCAGCUGUCUCUUCUUCUUCAGCACGACGCAACUCCACCUCAAACGCCUACACCUUCCUAGACGAAUACCGCGCGUCAGAAAUCAAACAACUCAAAGACCAACUCGCGCGCACCAAAGAUCCCAAGCAACGCGAAGAACUCAAGCGUCAACUAACAUCAGCAGAAGAUCGACAACGAACGCUCGAAAACAAGAAGCGGGAACGAGAGGUAUUACGAGAACACAAACAGAGAGAAAAGCAGCUCAUAAAGGAAGGGAAGAAGUCGCAACCAUACUUUUUGAAGAAAUCGGAGUUGAAGAAGGAGGUGCUCAAGAAGAAGUAUGAGAGUAUGGGAUCGAGGCAAAGGACAAAGGCGUUGGAAAGGAGGAGGAAGAAGAUUGCGGCCAAGGGGAAGAAGGAUCUGCCGUGGGCGAGGAGGGGAGUAGAGUGA